UGGUGAAAAACUAGGCACAAAAUUUAUAUAUAUUUACAAACAAAUCGUACGUAAAUAUUUUUGUAAUUCGUAAAAUGUGAUCUGAGAAGUAGAUUGUCCUACGUAACACAACAAUGAGCAGCGCAAUAUGCUCAGAGGAUUUGGAUUUUAUAGAAAAUGAGCUUAAUUUUGACGACAAGGUUUCCUUAUUAUUUCUCCUGUACGGUCACCGGAAUCCAAAAUACCUUUUGCAAGUGCUGUCCAUUGCCUCCGAAACGCCGAAAGAAGAGACGCACAUUCUGUUUGAUUGGACAUCAUGUGUGGACCAGGACGGCUGGCAAUCAGAACUUCUCGAAGCACUAGUGAUCAUUCAGGCGAAUCUUUGUCUGCUAAAGUGUGGCUUUGAUGAUACGGAACUGAAUGAAAGAUUUCUACCUCAUCUUGCUGAAUUGAAUUGUUUUGUGAACCCUGUACUGAAAGGACUUUACCUGCUUUGUGAAAAGAUAGAUGAUAAUAUCGCAGCGAAGUUUUCGAAUUACCUCAAACAGAGUCAUUCCGUACCAAUUGGAGAAUAUAAAUAUUUCGAAAUAGUUUUACUGGACCUACUUUGUCAGCGCUCGAUAAAAUUGGGCUCAUCGAUGACUGGCGAGGAAUGUGAUCUUUUGGUUCUGAUAGCAGCUUUCAAAUCGCUCGAACUAUAUGAGUUAAGCGACUAUUGCAAAGCCAUUUCCAAUAAUUUUAAUACCGAUUUUAUUCUGACACGCAACCAAGCGGAUAAUAUCAAGGAUACCAAAUUGUUGAAACAAGUAUCCAAGAUUGAAUUAACGCCCCAAGAUGAGCUCAAAGAUGCUUACUACAUAUCAAAGCAGAAUGCGGGUAUUAUAUUGGUUAUAAAUCAGUUUACAUUUUAUCGGGAGACUAAUUUAGAGUUGGCAGAUUUGCUUCCAUUAAAACCGCUUGGCAAUCGGCGUGGAACCGAAGUCGACAAGUUGGCAAUAUUGAAUCUGUUUACAGCUUUCGGCUACGACUCGAUUUUUGUAGAAAACAUAACCCACGUGGAAAUUCUGAAGCAUGUUGAAAAUGCAGUGAGAAAAAUAAAAUCUUCUCAUUGUUCAUUGGUAGUUUGUUUGCUUUCGCACGGCCAGGAAGGCAAAGUAUACGGUAGUAACAGCAUUCCCGUUAGUGUCAAAGCAAUCGAGAAGGCGAUGGCAGCAGAAAAACUAACCGGUAAACCGAAGUUAUUGUUUGUGCAGGCAUGCCAAGGAUCGGACCUUCAAACAGCUGUCGAAAUUUCCCAACUGGAGCACGAUGGUUCCUCGGUUGAAAAAACGGCAUCAGUGUUCGUGGACUUUUUGGUCGCCUGGUCGACCGUACCUGGAUUCGCUUCGAUAAGGCACGUUGAGAAAGGUUCGUGGUUUAUUCAGGAACUCUGUUUAAAGUUGCGACAACUGCAUGCUAAUAAUCAUUUGAUGGACAUACUAACAGCUGUGAUAAAUGACGUUUCUAGCAAGAGAGGUUAUGGAAACGAAUGCAUGGUCCCCAUCAUAUAUAGCACGCUUAGGAAAAAGGUUUAUUUUGAAGCUUUGAAACUCAAAUAGCAACAAAGCGUAGGUGUUUUUGUUGCGUACAUUAUAGUUGUUACACUGAAAUAUAUGUUCUGUUUUAAAUUUCGUUCCUUCAUUUUGAUAAUAGGUGUAUGCAAGUUCAACUGAAGUUUUGUUAUGGUAUGGUUCUUGGAUU